ACUCAGUUAAACCAUAAAUUAUUACAUAUAAAUAUUAAGAGUGUGUAUGCUAAUCAAUCAUUAAAAUAUGUUACUUGUGAAGUGUGUUAAAAUAAGUCAGUUAGGUUUUGAUUUUGGCUAAAAUAUUAUUAUUAACAUUUUUUAUUUAUUAUUGCUCGUGGGAUACACACAGAAGAAGCUCGCUGAGUGUCUCCAUAGCAACCAAACAACAAACAUGGCGCACCUCAGCAGCGAGAGUGACUCCAGACGAGUCUUUCUCAACAACAUAGACUCAUAUUCGUCCAAAUAUAUCGCCCAGUUCUUGUCCUCGUGUGUCGUCGGAAAGUCGCUUAAUGAUGAAGAGGAGGAAGAGGAGGACAGACACGAGCUGUCUUCAGGAGACACACGGUUUCAGAUAGUCGGCACAGUUAAGAAUAAAGAAGCAAAAAAACACACUUUUGCACUGGAGGAAUAUUGGUCUCUGAGUCGAGAGGAGCUCCUGCAGUGUCUGAUGCAGUGUGACGUUAUUGUGUACAAUAUCACUGAACACUGUGAUCUCAUAGAUGAGGCGACAUGGGCCAUUUCAGCUCUGCACUCUGAAAUUGAACAUUUCGGGUCCCCAAAAAUAUUCAUCCUGCUGUCAACGAUCAUGACAUGGGCAAUGACCAAACCAGCUGAUCCUGACGAUCCUGACAUCCCCUUGACUGAAGAUGACUACAAAAGAAGAAGACCACAUCCAAACUUUAAGGAGCACACCAGCACAGAGAAACUAGUGCUUAAACUGGGGAAGACUAAAAAGUCAAAGCUGGCUACUUAUGUUGUAUCAUCAGGGCUGCAGUAUGGCAUGGGCGAGAACAUCUUCCACUUCUUCUUUCAAACAGCUUGGCUCGGAGAGCUUAACAGUAUUCCUGUUUUUGGGCCUGGGACAAAUGUCAUUCCUGCCAUCCACAUCCACGACCUUGCAAGAGUGGUGCAAAACAUCAUUGAUCACAAACCAAAAACACACUAUUUCAUCGCUGUGGAUGAUUCCAAGAACACUUUUGAAGACAUUGUGAAAGCUAUCGCCUCUACCCUGGGGUCUGGAAAAAUAGAAAACGUCCCAAAGGAGGAUGCCUAUGUCACAAAGGCAAUUACGGAAACUGACCUGCUUUACCUCAGCGUCAAUCUUCGGACUGAGUCUGUUUUCUUGAAGGACAGAUUGAACCUCCACUGGGAAUGUGAAUCUGGGAUAGUUGAAAACAUAGCUCAAGUGGUAGAGGAAUACAAACAGACACGACAACUGUUGCCAAUAAAAAUCUGUCUUCUUGGGCCCCCUGCUGUUGGGAAAAGCUCAGCUGCAGUAAAGUUGUGCAGAUAUUACAAACUUCAUCAUAUUAACAUCAACGAAACCGUCAACGAGAAAGUCAGACAACUGGAGGAAUUGCUUGAGGGAAAUGAGAAGACAAGUGAGAAUGAGGAAAUGCUUAUUGGUGCUGAAGCACAGCUUAAAACUCUAAAGAACAACAUGCUUCAGAAUAAUGGUCAGUUGGACGAGCAACACGUGAUGCAUAUCAUAAGAGAGAAGCUCAACUCAAAGCCUUGCAGAAAUCAAGGAUUUGUUCUGGAUGGAUACCCAAAGACCUACACACAGGCUGAACAGCUUUUCCAUGAUGAAAACACGGAAGCGGACGAUACCAGAUCAGCAAUACCUCAAUAUAGCAAAGUGUUGAUUCCAGAGUUUAUCUUCUCACUGGAUGCCACUGAUGCGUUUCUGAAAGAGCGUGUUCAGAGUCUUCCUCAGAAUGUGGCAGAGGAGAUGCAUUACACUCAAGAUGAGUUUACAGAGAGUCUUGCGCAAUUCAGGGAGACUUUGGCAGAAGACGAAUCUGUGCUUGACUAUUUCGAUUACCUGGAAGUCCACCCUGAGCACAUCGACUGUGAGAAUGUGGACACAGUGGAGAAGAUCAUUAAGACAGUGGGACGGCCGAAGAACUACGGUCCGAGUCCAGAGGAAUUGGAGGAAGAGAGGAAGAGGAAAGAAGAUGAAUGGCACCAGCAGCUGAAACAGGAGGAAGUCGAGAGGGAACUCAGGCAGAGAGGGGAGAAUGAUAAAAUGACUGCUCUUUUGGAGGAAUGGAGCAGGAACAUGGCCGAGGUGAAGAAGCAGGAACAUGAGCUAUUAGAGACACGAUCUGUCCCCAUGAGACACUACCUGAUGAAAUAUGUCAUGCCUACUGUCAUACAAGGACUGAUGGACUGCUGCAAGGUCAAGCCUGAUGACCCUGUGGACUAUUUGGCUGAAUACCUCUUCAGGAACAACACAGAUGAUUAGCUUACCCUGCUAUUGUAGUUAAACGUACAAUAAAAAUGAUUUCAUAAGGGGUGACUAUUAUUUUUGUCACUAUAAAAUAGGGAUGGGCGAUUUAUGGCAUGCGAUUGUCACGUUCAUUAUCGCAGAUGAAUCGCCUUCGAUAAUGAACGUGAUAUUGCGUAUCUUGUCAGUGAACUGCGGUUCUGUCUAUUAAAUGACGCUCCAUUUGAAAGCAGGUGAUGGCGAUUUAGCACUAAUCAGGGAACUGGCUUUACUGAUGAAAUGUGCAUGACAAUCGAAUGCGAUAUAUCGGCCAUAAAAGUGAAAAUAGUUGCUACAGUAGUAGCAUACUAAAUACUUAUAGGCAGAAUGGCAACAAAUAAUAUGUGAAACAGUAUGCAGUGCUAAAUGUUUCAAUGGUUUUAUGCAGUUCUAUGUUAUCAUUUUCAAACCAGUUUCUUAUGAAUUAAUGAAUAAAUAAUAAAAAGCAUGAAAAUAUCUUACGGUGGCGCUACGCUACAAGGAAUAAAAAUAUUCAAUGUAAUUUAAUAAAGAAAUGUUUUGAAAUGUUCGUGACAAUGUUAUUAAAUAGUAUACAGAUUUUUAGGAAGUUGCUGUCCCUUUAAAUACAGUUUUUUUCAAAAUGGGUUAGAAAAACAAGAGGCAUAUCAGAAAAAUAAGAAUAAGUUAAAAUCUAAUGUUCAGAUAACACAAGUGCAUUCAUGAAAAUUAUAAUGGGUAUGUUCAAAUAUAUUCUGGUGCAUCGGAAAAUAUGGAAGACAAAGACAGUUUAAUGACAAAGAAUCACAGAUAAUUUUUCAGUUUACGCUGGUGAAAUGAUUGCAGAUAUAAUGAUUGAGAUUCUUCAAACGAUAUAGGAUCCAGAUGAUGGGAAUUUAUGUAGCUUUCUGUUGGGUACGAGCACAUGUGGGAGUAAAUGAAGUUAGCAGACCAAUAUGCAAAGGAAUCCACAAAGAAAGUAGACAUAGAUAUGCACAUAAAGUAUGGUAAGAGUGAAAUGAAGCGUUUAAUCAGGCAACAUGUGAAGAAUAGAUGGCAGAAAUAUUGGGAAGAAGAAAGAACAGGGAGAUGGUUUUUUUUAGCAUUCAAAGAAUGGUUGGUAAGUACAGAGUAAGAGGAAGAAAUAGUCCAGAGGAAACUAUCAUCUCAAGGCUUAGAUUUGGGCACACUGCUCUUUAUAGCAGUUUGAAGAAAACAGGGAGUUGUGAAAUUGGGAAAUGUGAAUAUUGUAAAAUUGAAAAUAAAGAAACACUUAAUUUGAUGAACAUAUUGUGGAAUAAAUCGUUGUAUAAAAACUUUCUAUUUGUAAUGCUUUAUUGAAAGAGCACGGGAUAGAAUUUAGUGAAUAUUAUGGUCUUGAUCCAGUCUCCGAAUCAGUAGGUGGGGGGAAUACACCAAAAAGGCGCCAUU